AUGUGUGUUGACACGUUUUCGAAAGCCUUGCUAAACCCUGAGGAAAAGCCCACUGGCAUCGAAGACAAUGUUGAUGUUGGUGAAAUUAGUAGCGAUGAGGAAGCUGAAAAUGUGACACAUUCGGCUGAAGCAACAGCUGCAGUCGAAGAGUCAGAAAGGACUUCUAGUGGAGAGAGCUCAAUGUUGAACGGGGCUCACGAAGUUAGCAAGUCGCAGGUCUCUGAAGAGCUACCGUCGUUAGAUGCAGGCGAAGGUUCUUCAUCAUCCGAAGAUGAGGACUCAGAUGACAGUUCUUCGAGCUCCAGUAAAGAAGAGGGCUUUUUAAUAGACGGAUUAGAUGAAGAAGAUGAGGAGGGCGAUACAGUCCAUGGUCCUAUCAAGUCAAAAAACGAACUCAAUGAAGAGCCCAUCUUUGAAAUCCCUGAAGACUUCGAGCUUGGCCCAGAUACGCCUAUUCGGGAAAUUGGCUUUAUAAAAUCAGCAUUUGACUACAACAUAAUCGUACAAUCAGUGAGCUCGGCUGAACAACGCGUUCUCAAGGAGAACUCUUUGCUAUGUUUGGAGGACCGGCAGAUCCUUGGUCCUCUCUGUGAAGUUUUUGGCCCCCUCCAAUCUCCAUUUUACAGAGUACUACUUCCUAAAAGUAAGAAUGAACAGUUUGAAGCACUGCGGAGUAAGGCGGGGGCAAAAGUUUUCUAUGUUGCGCCUGAAGCGCAUUGGCUAGACACUUUCGAACUAAAACGUAUGAGAGGAACUGACGCAUCUAACGGGUUUGAUGAGGAACUUCCAGAGGAUGAACAAGAGUUCUCCGAUGACGAGAAGGAAGCGGAGUUCAAGAAAUUAAAGAAAAAUUCCAGGAAAAGGAAAAACGAAAAUGCAACUAACGUGGGUCCAAUUCCUUCCAAAAAAAGCGUUAACAGUGCGCAUUCUAAGCCCAAGCCAAGACAAGUGGCUUCGGCAGCUUUUGAAUACGCUUCAUCCUCCUCAUCAUACAAGCCUCGCAAUGAACGUCAACAUGAGACUAGUCGCUCCACGUCUGCUAUUUCUCAGUCGCAAGGUAGCUACCCUCAACAGCAGCAUGUGCCUACUCCUCAGCCGCAGUAUGCCUCACAACAAACUUUUGGGUAUCCGCAACAAGUUUACGCGUCUCACCAAAUGUACUCCCCUCCACCUCAACCGGCUGUUCAGCAAUUUGGGAAUCCUUUCACCCAUCCAUAUUCUCAGUACCCUCAAAUGCUCCCUCCUCAACAUCUUAUGCCUCAUCCUCAGCAUCUACCCCAGCAUCCCCAAGGUCAGUUUCCUGGGUCUUAUCCCUACACGCAAGCGCAAUCGCCCCCACAACAACCAGUAGCGGCACAAACACAAAACAUGGAUCAGGUCUUACAGCUCCAGCAAAUUCUCAUGAACCAACAAAGACAGCAUCAAAAUCAAUCACAAUAG